UUACAGUACUUUUGUCUCAUGUUAACAUUAUUUCAGGGCUUGCUUUAAUGGAAAGUAGCAAAACAUAUUGAAAACCACGAGCUUUUUUCGGGGAGGAAUCGAGUGGAAUACCUUAUAGCGGACACCAAAUGCGGUUUGCUACAGUUUGGAUUAUAUUCUACUGUUCACUGUAGCCUAAACGGUGGCAUGAAAAACGAAUGUUUAAUUGCUCAAGAUUAUUGAAGAUAUCAAACGAAAACGCAGUUGCCAAGUAAUAAAUCAACUAAAAACAUGAACCAUCUACUCCCAUGGAGACAUGCUUAUUUUACACAGAGUUGUGCCGUUUUCAUCUAAACUCACACGGACGUGUAUUUGCUUGUUCUCUCUCUCUCUUUCCCUGUCAUAUUUACUAUACUGUCUUCUCUUCUCCUCUGAAAUGGUCAUGCUAAAGGCAAGUGAUCCAACGCAGAACUGUCUUCGCGUCAGGAGCUAUGGUGGCAAAAAACUUAGAAAAUCUAUAGCUUGCACUUUGUCAUUGGAUGCGAUACGGAAUGAUAUAUCACACGGCCAAGGAUAUAUUCGCAACACACUCCGGAAUAACACAGUUGAUAGUUCAUGGAACAAUUUGGGUACGGUGAAGUUUGGGAAUAAAAAGCUUCCCAAAGCCAUCAUAGUCGGCGUAAAGAAGGGCGGGACGAGGGCUGUCUUGGAAUUCAUAAGAAUCCACCCAGAUGUGAGGGCAGUCGGAACCGAGACACAUUUUUUCGACAGAAAUUAUGACCGUGGCUUAGACUGGUACAGGGGCUUAAUGCCACGGACGCUUGACAGCCAGAUCACCAUGGAGAAGACGCCUAGCUACUUCGUUACCAGAGAGACGCCCCGCCGGAUCUCUACCAUGGCCCGGGACACCAAGCUGAUCGUCGUGGUGCGUGACCCCGUCACCCGAGCGAUAUCUGACUACACCCAGACUUUGUCCAAAACGCCCGAGCUUCCAAGCUUCCAGGAGCUCUCCUUCCGGAACCAGAGUCUGGGCCUGGUGGAUACCUCCUGGAACGCCAUCCGGAUUGGCCUGUACGCUCUGCACCUGGAGAACUGGCUGCGUUACUUCCCCCUGGCUCAGAUCCACUUCGUUAACGGGGAGCGGCUGAUCGCGGACCCGGCUGGGGAGCUAGCCCGUGUGCAGGACUUCCUGGGGCUGAAGCGCAUCGUCACAGACAAGCACUUCUACUUCAACAGGACCAAGGGUUUCCCCUGCCUCAAGAAGCCUGAGAGCAGCAGCUCGCCUCGCUGCCUGGGCAAGUCCAAGGGCAGGACUCACGUUCAGAUAGACCCGGACGCCAUCGAGCAGCUAAGAGAGUUCUAUAGGCCCCACAACGACAAAUUUUAUGAAAUGGUGGGUCACGAUUUUAAGUGGGACUAGAGAGUUUUUGAUAGAGGAUCCAUAAGGAGAGACGAGGUGUCUUCCAGGAAUGCAAGCACUUUUUCAAAGGAUUCUUGGAUGUGCAUGAGGUUUAUGUAUUAGAAAAUCUGGACAGGAUUUGUUUCACACAAGUUUGUAGUUUGCAAUAAGUAAAAAGAGUUGGCCUGUGACACGCUUUGCUUUAAAAACUAAUUAGCAUGUCAUGUCACCCUUUUUUUCAAAUACAUAGACAUAGUAUUAGCACUCCAAUCAUCUUCAUUCUGUUACUGGCUACAAUAUAUGUGAGCACCAGAAUUCUGCAACAGGAAAACUUUCAAACAGCAAUAUAUGCACUUAUGACUGAUUAAGACCUUUCGAUCGAUUUGUGAAUCACCAUGACCUAGUUUUGUCAUUAACCAGGUACAGUUCACACAUGUUUAAAAAUGAUAACAAUCUGUAACAGAAAAAGUGUAAUACUGAACUGUUGUUUACUAUCAUGAUGCCAG